AUGAGUGAACUGUUAGAAAGAAGUUUAGAACUACAAAAAUUACUAGAUGAUGAACAAUUUUCCACCAAAGUUGAGAAUACAAAUGAAGAUAUAAGUCAAGACAGGCAUAAUGGUGAACUCAUUACCACACUUGACACACCGAAGAAUUUAAAAAUAUAUCAAUCAUGCUUAUCACUAUUUAUUCAGGGGAACAUUUCUGAUUGCCUUCAAAUGAUGUUAGACAAUGGAUUGUUAAAUAAUGAUUUAAUGGAGAAAAAUAAAGAAAUUACGGAAUUAUUUAUAUUCUGUUUAUACCGAUUACCAAUUUUGAAAGAUUCUGAGAUUGAAUUAUUUUAUAAUUUUCAAGGUAUGAUAGAGAGUAGUUAUUUUAAUGAGCUACAGAAUAUCAAGAUGUCUAACAUUCGAAUUCUGCAAGAAUAUUUUUCAAUUUAUUGCAAUGUACUGAAACUAACUAACGCGCCAUUGAAGAAAAAAAUUUUAUUAAAAAAAGAAGUAGAAAAUCAAUUAGAUAGCUAUUUACAAUUACAGGAUAUAUCUAUUGAUAAUUUAAAAACUUUGAUUGAAUUCUAUAUUUUUGAAAUUGAAAUUGGCCUAUUAGAAGAAAAUAGGCGGCCUGAAUUAUAUCUCCAGCUAGAAGAUAAAUACCCUACCAUUUUAAAUAGACCCGAAGUUUUAGAUUUGAAGCCAAAUAUUACUAUGAAACUAACUCCUUUUACUGGUUCAAGACAUAGCUCUAGAUCACACGAGUUAAAUAAGCGUGAACAAAAUAAAGAUAAUAUUGGAAUUCAGGAACUGGAAACUUUAAAGAACAAAGAUAUUCCAUUUAUGCAGCAGCUAUAUACAAGCCGACAAUUUGGUAGGCUUUCUUUUCUAUUGGAAAAAUGUUUCAAUCGUUUUAACAAAGUCCAGACUGUUGCACUCUUAAUUUCUGUGAUUUUGGCAUUACUGACGGUAUCUCGUCGAUAUCACCUAUUGGCUAAACUUUCUUCUGUUUCCAAAUUUGUUGUAGAUAUUCUUGCUGAGUAG